AGAUAAUCAUGUCCUCUCCAAGAAACUCCUCCAACUUUACGCACAUCAACCGGUUCGUGCAGCCGCCAUGGCGCGUCGCGUUGUGGUCUGUGGCGUUUGCUCUGGUGCUGCUGGUGGCCGUUACCGGGAAUUUGAUCGUCAUCUGGAUUAUUGUGGCACACAAGCGGAUGAGGACCGUCACUAACUACUUUCUUUUAAAUCUUGCGGUGUCGGACGUGUGUGUGGCCGCGCUGAACGCGCUGGUGAACUUCGUGUACGGCGCGCAUGGGCACUGGUACUUCAGCAGCGCCUACUGCCGCUUCCAGAACUUCUACCCGGUGGCCGCCGUGUUCGCCAGCAUCUACUCUAUGAGUGCCAUCGCCCUGGACAGGUAUAUGGCGAUCAUCCACCCCAUGAAGCCCCGGCUCUCGGCGAAGGUCACGAAAGCGGUGAUUGUUUGUGUGUGGAUUCUGGCGGCGUUUCUGUCAUUUCCUCUCUGCUUCUACUCCGUCACUGAAGUUCUGCCACACAGGACUGUCUGCUAUGUGGCCUGGCCGAGAAAAGAUGACGACGCAUUCAUAUAUCAUGUGGUUGUGGCACUGCUGGUGUAUCUCCUUCCACUUGCACUGAUGGCUGUGACCUACAGCCGAGUCGGACUGACGUUGUGGGGUGGAGAUUUCCCAGGACACUCUUCAGAAAACCUCCUGGAUCACCUGCAGGCCAAGAGGAAGGUUGUGAAGAUGAUGGUGAUCGUGGUGGUGACGUUCGCCAUCUGCUGGCUCCCAUACCACGUGUAUUUCAUCGUGACGAGCUUCAACCGAGCGCUGAGGAGGUUCAAGUGGAUCCAGCAGGUGUAUCUGUCAGUGCUGUGGCUCUCCAUGAGCUCCUCCAUGUACAACCCCAUCAUCUACUGCUGCCUCAACAGCAGGUUCCGCGCCGGGUUCAAGCGGGUGUUUCGCUGGUGUCCCUUCAUUCAGAUGUCGAACUGUGAUGAGCUGGAGCUCCAGACGGCUCGUUUCCAGCAGCAGCGGCAGAGCAGUGUGUUCACGGUCACUCGUAUGGAGUCGGACGGCAGCGCCGCCGUCAGCAGACGCAAGAGCUCCAGCACCAGCCGCUGCAGCGUCAGGAGCCAAUCACGGCCCUCCGCCCGGCCGCCGCACAAUGGAGCUCCACACGGAAACAUCAGCUGCGUUCCCGAAACUCUGAGCUGAGAGGAGCAAUGAGCAGAGCUGUGGAUGCUCCCUAAUGGAAAAAAACUGACAUUGCAAUCCACUGUUAACAGUUUCCUGUAGAAACUACAGUAACUCACUGGCAGCAGUUCGCCAGUAACUUACUGUAAAUCAAUUACAGCACAAAUAUGCAUAUGUAU